AGGAACCAUAUUACGAGUCUACGUUUCCUGUAGAAUAUUUUAAAGGACGGAACAAGUACUGUGCUGCCGCUUACCUUGAGCAACUGCCGGAGUGUUAUUAAAUCCACACAAACGACCAACCAUGACUUCACUGGGGAGCAGCAGUUCCUCAGCUACAGAGUACACUGUGCGAGUACCCAAAAAUACCAGCAAGAAGUAUAACAUCAUGGCUUUCAAUGCUGGGGACAGAGUCAACUGUUCAACCUGGACACAGGCUCGUAUGGAAAGAGACAUGAGUGCUCGGCGGAUAUAUGGGGAGGAAGAGACAGCUGAAGGAGCAGCUGGCAGUGAGUUUGGCAAAAAGCAGCGUGAGGAAGCGCGGCGGAAGAAGUUUGGUAUUGUGACACGUGAGUUCAAAGUGGAGGACCAGCCCUGGAUUCUCAAGGUCAAUGGCAAAGCCGGCAAGAGGUUCAAGGGUCUAAAGAAAGGCGGUGUCACGGAAAAUGCCUCCUACUACAUCUUUACACAGUGUCCUGACGGAGCUUUUGAGGCUUUCCCUGUCCACGGCUGGUACAACUUCACACCGCAGGCCAAGCACCGAACUCUCACAGCUGAGGAGGCUGAGGAGGAGUGGGGCAGAAGGAACAAGGUGGUGAAUCACUUCAGCAUCAUGCUGCAGAGACGUCUACGGGAGCAGGAGCGUGGAGAGGAUGAAGAGGAUGAGAACGAGAAGUCGGGGAAGAAGAAAAAGAAGGGGGGUGGGAGAGGUGGAGACCUACGCAUUCAUGACCUGGAAGACGACCUGGAGAUGAGCAGUGAUGACAGUGACAGCAGUAUGGGGGAAGAUGGAGAAAGCAAGUCAAAAGUGAAGAAAGAGACGGCAAAAGCAAAAGGAAAGAAGAAGAAGAAAAAGAGCAACGACAAAGAGGCAUUGGAGGACAGCGAUGACGGGGACUACGAGGGUCUAGAGGUGGAUUACAUGUCAGAUGAAAGCAGCUCGGACGAAGAACCGGAGAAGGGAAAGCCCAGCAAAGGAGAGGACCUCCCGAAAGGGAUUGAUGAGGCAUCUGAAAGUGAGGAAGAGAGUGAAGAGGAGAAACAGAAUGAAGAGGAAACAAAGGAGGAGGAUGAAGAAGAGGAAGGAAAGAAAACUCCGGUCCAGAUGGAAAAGAAGAAGAAAAAAGACAGCAGCGGCGAGUCGGAGAGCUCAGAUGACAGCGACAUCGAGGGAGAGACGGCCUCCGCUCUGUUCAUGAAGAAGCGCACGCCUCCAAAACGUGGAGGACGUGGCUCUGCAGGCAGCUCCAGGACUGGUAGUCGUCCCGGGACACCAUCCAUAGACUCUGCCUCCACCUCCAAUACACUCCGUGCUGCUGCCAGCAAGCUGGAGCAAGGUAAGAGACAGACUCCGGGUCCCAGCACUGACUCACCAGCUGCCAAACGGCUGAAGAUGGAGCCCAGCAGUCAGAGCCCUGCUCCCUCUGGGAAGAGUACGCCACAACCCAUAUCAGGAAAAUCUACUCCUAGCUCAAGCGAUGUGCAGCUAACAGAGGAAGCGGUGCGGCGCUACCUGAUCCGUAAACCGAUGACCACCAAAGACCUGCUGAAGAAGUUCCAGACCAAGCGCACAGGUUUGAGCAGUGAGCAGACUGUCAACGUGCUGGCACAGAUCCUGAAGCGCCUCAAUCCUGAGCGCAAGAACGUAAACGACAAAAUGCACUUUUACCUCACCGAAUAACCGAUGGAAGAGAGGUGAGGAGUGGCGGGGGUGUGGAGAGGAUGGAGGAUGGAGGAGGGAGGGAACGUCUGACAUGGACCCCCGGAAGAGGGGUUUGUGUCUGUUUUAAAAACAGGAUGUGUGCCACCAGAAGUUGAAACUGUCAUCACAGGUGGCAUUCACGAAAAGGUAUUUUGUCAGGCAUCUUGAAUUUGUUUUUCAUAUCUUGAAAUCUCCUAUUAAAAUAGAAACUUCGUUAAUGUUGACUGAAAAACAUCUCGAAUCUGUAUGAUUACGAGAUGUAAAUUUUUCUCUAUGUGUGAACAGUUUAACUUAGAAAUUAAUGAAUGAAAAAAAGGCCCUAACUUGUUUUUCAUAAGUAGUUUUUUUUCCCAAUAAAAUGUAAAAUCUG